UAGAGACAACUCAAACGAAGCGCAGAGAAAGAGGGAACCAAAAUUCCGGCGACUACGGCCGCAGCCGGCGGCGGAAACCAGUGCUGGAUGAUAAAAAAAUUCCAUUUUACGAUGCUUUCCGGCAAGAAGUCACGGCCUUUCCACUGCCUUUCGAUCCUAUUUUUCUCCUCCGCGUCAGCCGUCGCCUCAGACGGCCGGCAAAUGGACACCGAGAACGAGUGGGAGAGACUCCUCAAACCUUUCGAUCUCGAAGAGCUCCGGAAGUCCCUCAAUCGAAUUACCCCUCGAAGACUGUGCAAAUUGUUCGAACUCCCCCUCGACAUUCCGACUUCGAUGCAACUUUUCCACUGGGCGGGCUCCCAGAAGGCCUACGGCCACUCCUUCGAUGUCUACUAUACUCUCAUUAGGAAAUUGGGUGAUGCCGGAGAGUUCAAGCUCAUAGAUCAGCUACUGCACCAGUCCAAAGAGGAAGGAAUUGUUUUAAGAGAGCCUUUGUUCAUUGUGAUCAUGGCUUGUUAUGGAAAAAACGGUUUGCCCGGUGCUGCAGUCCAGCUGCUCGAUGAAAUGACCGAAGUGUUCGGCUGCAAACCGACCUUCCGAUCAUACAAUGUGGCUUUGGAUUUAUUGGUCGCGGCGAACUGUCACAGGAUAGCGGCUAAUUUGUUCUUCAAAAUGCUUCAUAGAGGAAUCGCUCCGACCACUUUCACUUUUUCAGUUGUGAUAAAGGCACUGUGCUCUGUGAAUGAGGUGGACUCAGCAAGCUCGCUCCUUAGGAGUAUGGCAAGGCAUGGGUGUGUACCCGACUCGAUUAUAUAUCAGACUCUAAUACAUGCUCUCUACAAGAAGAAUAGAGCAUGUGAGGCAUUGAAGCUUCUGGAGGAGAUGUUUGUCAUGGGCUGUUCACCAGAUGUCAAUACCUUCAAUGAUGUUAUUCAUGGACUUUGCAAGCUUGGUCAUUUACGUGACGCAGCCAAGUUGGUUGAUAGGAUGCUGCUUCGAGGGUGCACCCCAAGUUCGCUUACCUAUGGAGUUUUGCUCCAGGGCUUGUGUCGGAAAGGACAAUUGGAUGAAGCAAGAGCGUUCUUAAGUAAAGUUCCCAACUUGAAUGUGGUUUUGUUUAAUACAGUGAUCAAUGGGUACUUGAAUGAAGGAAAAUUUAGAGAAGCAAAAGAUGUUUACGAUAAUUUGAUACAAAGUGGAUGCUAUCCAGAUGUUUACACAUACAACAUCAUGAUGCGUGGCCUCUGCAAGGCAGGGAGAUUGGGAUCAGCCGUGCAAUUACUUAAUGAGAUGGAGGCAAAGGGUUGCGUGCCAAAUAUCAUCACUUACACAAUUUUGAUUGAUAGGUUCUGCAAGGAUGGUCGGUGGGAGGAUACUAAUAUGAUUUUAGAGAAAAUGUCUUCAAAAGGCUUAAGUCUUAAUACUGUAGGAUAUAAUUGCCUUAUUUGUGCUCUGUGCAAGGACCAUAAAGUUGAUGAGGCCAUGGAACUGCUUGAAAAGAUGAAGAGAGAAGGCUGCAAGCCUGAUAUAUUCACAUUCAAUUCUCUAAUUUAUGGCUUGUGCAUGGAUAACCAAAUGGAGGAAGCACAACAAUUAUAUGAUGAUUUAUUAUUGGAGGGUGUUGUUGCCAACAAUGUAACUUAUAACACACUGGUUCAUGCAUUAUUACGGAACAGCAGAUGGCAGGAAGCUUUGAAACUCACUAAUGAGAUGGCAAUCCAUGGUUUCUCAGCUGAUUUAAUAACCUACAAUGGUCUGAUUAAAGCUCUCUGCAAAGCUGGAGAUGUUGAUAAGGGUUUGGGACUGUUUGAGGAGAUGAUGACAAAGGGUGUUCAACCUAGCAAUGUUUCUUUUAAUCUUUUAAUUGAUGGACUAUGUAAAACAAGAAGAGUACAUGAUGCGCUUGAACUCUUAAAGGAAAUGCUACAUCGGGGCUGCACACCAGAUAUAGUGACUUACAAUAGUCUGAUAAAUGGCCUAUGCAAGAUGGGGUGGAUGCAUGCAGCUUUGAACCUCUUAGAAAAGCUACAUGCUGAAGGGUUAGCUCCAGAUAUGGUCACUUACAAUAUUCUUAUCAGCUGGCACUGCAAGGCAAACAUGCUCGAUGAUGCUAACAUGCUUCUUAACAGAGCAGUGAAUAAUGGAAUCAUGCCCAAUUCUCUCACCUGGGACAUACUGGUGAACAAUUUCAUUAGAGAGCAAACUCUUUUGGUACAAGAGAACCAAAGACAGACAGAAAAAGCAACCCUUCAUCAGCCCUAAAUAGUUUCCGAGGCUGCUCCACUUGAAAAUGGCCGCUAAAUGACAUACUAAGGUGGUUUGGCAAGGCAUUUAUGGGAAUGGAUUUAUUACUGGCCUGCUGAUCUACAUCCUGAACCCUAGCAGCCUGUGGGAAUUUUGAAGGAAGCUCACAUCAUAUGCAUAAGGAACAUAGCAUGGAAGUUGCAGUUACUUUUCUUCGUCAUUAGGGAUAUAACUACUUGGUCAAUUUACUUCCAUUGAAUUUGGUGACAAUGUUGAUAUUCCAUAUCCUUCAACUAGCCUGGUUUUGUCAAUUGGUGGCAUAAUGGAGUUAUCAUAGCCAGCAUCUCCAUGACCUUAUAAUGGAUGUUGCAAAGAAACCUUGGCAGACUUUUAUGUGCUGGUCUAUUAAAAGUUUAGUGCAAACAAACAAGUUCUUUAAGAAGCUUCAGCAUUUGGUUUGGAAUGUUGGAAGUCCCAUUGUUGAUCAAACGCUGAAGUAGUUCUAGUACCGAGUUGGUAUGCCUAAGAGCCAUUUUCAUUGGUUGAGUAUAAUUUUUGAAAGUCAUAUUUAUCUUCUGUAGUUCAGAUAUGCAUUUUACUGUUGUAUGUGUGUGUGUUUUGGUGGUCCAAAAAGAUUUAUGAACAGUUUCACUAAUAAUGUCAUGAAAUUGGAACAUACAUGUUCACAUCUUGUACUCUGGAAUUUUUGAAAAUCAUAAAAGUUGUGUACUUUAUUGUUCCAAAAAGAUUUAUGAACAGUUUCACUAAUAAUGUCAUGAAAUUGGAACAUACA